UUGGCAGUUUAUGACUGAUCCCAAUCCAGUUCUUCCCACUCUUCCCAUCGACCAAAACGGAAAUGCGAAUUUUCACAGCUAUACUGGGGUCCGUCACGGCCCCUUCCUUCCUUUCUCAACUCUUCUCCGCCAACGAUGCUUAUGCUUCUUCUCUACCGGCUUUUCACACUGGCCAUUGUAGUUGUUCUAAAAUUUCCCACAGGUCUAGACAUUCAAUUUCCACUCUCAAAGUCUCUGUUUCUGAAAAUCCGAAUCAAUCAGCCACCACCACCACCCCCUUCUCCACCGGAGUUUUUGAAGCAUCACCUGAUUCUAUUCGACAAGCUCGGAGGUCCGCUGAUUGGAAGGCAGCAAGGGCUUAUAAUGAUAGUGGAUCCAUCUAUGAGGGCAGGAUUGAAGGAUUUAAUAAUGGAGGCUUGCUAAUUCGGUUUUAUUCUCUUCUGGGUUUUCUUCCUUUCCCUCAGUUGAGUCCAUCGCAUUCUUGUAAAGAACCACAAAAAACUAUCCAUGAUAUUGCAAAAGGUUUAAUUGGUUCGCGUAUUUCUGUCAAGAUAAUCCAAGUGGAAGAGGAGAACAGAAAAUUGAUAUUCUCUGAGCGGGAAGCUGCCUGGUCCAAGUUUUCUAAAAGAGUUAAUGUAGGGGAUAUUUUAGCAGGAAGAGUGGGUUCUGUUGAGGAUUAUGGUGCCUUCGUUCACUUGCUCUUCCCUGAUGGUUUAUAUCAUCUCACCGGAUUAGUACAUGUCUCAGAGGUUUCUUGGGAUUUAGUUCAAGACAUUAGAGACAUCCUUAGCGAGGGUGAUGAAGUGAAGGUCAAAAUUAUUAAUAUUGAUCGGCAAAAGUCAAGGAUUACAUUGUCAAUCAAGCAGUUGGAAGAAGAUCCAUUGCUGGAAACUUUGGAUAAAGUAAUUGCUCAGGAUGGUUCAGUUGAUCCUGAUCCUUUGGCCAUGAAUAGCAGCAGUACGAUUGAACCUCUUCCAGGGCUGGAAGCAAUAAUUCAAGAACUACUAAUUGAAGAAGGUGUAGAUGGUGUUAGAAUCAAUAGACAAGGGUUUGAGAAACGUGUUGUUUCACAAGACCUACAACUUUGGCUUUCAAAUGCGCCACCCGUCGAUAGGAAGUUCACCCUUCUUGCUCGUGCUGGACGGCAGGUGCAGGAAAUUCAAUUGACCACCACACUCGAUCAGGAAGGUAUCAAGAAGGCACUGCAACGAGUAUUGGAACGGGUCCCAUGAUUUGAAUUGUUUUGUUGUCCCAUGAAUUCGGUUGGUGAUAUUUUCCUAUUCUUACCCUUUUCAAACCUGACCACUGCACACUGGAGGUCACCUUCUACAGUUCUAUGUUCUUUAGAUCUUCUUCAUUUUUUACUCUUAAAUUGUAAAUCUGAGAGCAUUCGUGUGUAAGAAAUGCUAAGAUUUCUAACCAUAAAAUACAAUUGCAACA